AGCCAUUCUGGCUCAAGGCAUUUUUUCGGCCCCCCAGCGACCUUUUUGUGUUUUCCCCCGCGGGCUGGAGCGAGAUCUCCCCGACGCCCCGCAUGGUCACGCUCUAAACGCCAGGGGCCGCCAGAUCUGAUCCUCCCUGGACAGCACGGCUGGAUGCUGCCGAUCCCGGCGCGAGACCGCGCCGGCCCCGUGGCCCCCGACGCGGCCGCAGGCCUUGGCCUGCCGAUCCCGGCGCGAGGCUACCCCGACGAGCAGCCGCUGCCCAAGAGGGCCUGUCUCGGCCUGCCCAUCGCGGCGCGCGGGGAGCCCGCGCCGGCCGCGGACCGCGGCCGGCCAGCACAGGCGCGCGGCGAGCCCGCGCAGGGCGCAGGGCUCGGCCUGCCGCUCGCGGCGCGCGGGGGGCCCGCGGCGGGCGGGGGCCUCGGCCUGCCCACGCGGGGGCACGGGGAGCUCGGACCGGGGGCGGUCGCGAACCACCCCGACGUGUCGAUGCGCACGGGCGGCGGCCAGGCAGGGGCGCCGAGGCGCCAGGUUCGCCGGCGGACGGCCACGGAGCAGGACCGUUGCCCCCUGGAGGCCCCCAGCGAGCACGCGGCGGCGUCCUUCGGGCGCAGCAGGACCAUGCUGAUCGGCGGGCGCGGCAGCGCCAGCGGGCGGGCGCGCCGGCUCGAGAGCCGGAGGUCGCUGGGCGAGGGUGUGCUGCAGGGCGCGCACUUCAGCGCGAUCAUCGGCACGCACGGCGAGGAGGUGCCCAUCGCCAAGCGCUACACGUUCGGCCGGAUGCUGGGCGAGGGCGCGUCGGGCUCCACCUGGGAGGCCUGGCCCACGGACGCACAGGGGAAGGCCUCGCCGCAGCACUCGGGCAGCAAGGGCCACCGCGCCAUCAAGAAGCUGACCAAGUACGGGGCGUCCGCGCAGGAGCGGGAGGCGUGCCGCCAGGAGGUCGAGUUGCUCAAAGAGCUCGACCACCCCAACAUCUGCAAGCUGUACGAGGUGUUCGAGGACGCGGCCGCGCUCUACAUGGUCAUGGACAUGUGCGAGGGCGGGGAGCUCUUCGACCGCAUCGUCGACGAGGAGCUGCACGGCGAGGCGCAGGCCGCGGACCUCUUUCGCCAGAUCGCGGGGGCCCUGCGCUACUGCCACGAGACGCACGGGAUCAUGCACAGGGACAUCAAGCCCGAGAACGUGCUCUUCACGACCAAAGAGGAGAAGAGCCCGGUCAAGCUGAUAGACUUUGGCAUCGCGUGCUUCACGAGGGACGCCCUGCAAAAUCGGCAGGCGGGCACCGAGGCCUACGAGGCGCCCGAGGUUCUGCUCCGGCAGGACUACAGCGAGAAGUGCGACCUCUGGUCCCUGGGCGCGCUGCUGUUCGUGAUCCUGACUGGCCGCCUGCCGUUCCAGUCUGUGGAGCACGCCCAGCGCGGGGCCAUCCGCUUUGAGGACGCGGACCAGGUGUCGCCGUCAGCCAGGGACCUCACCGCGAGGCUUCUGGCGGUCGACCCUGCUGGGCGGCCUUCUGCGGCCGAGGUCUUGGACCACCCCUGGGUUGCGGAGGCAAGACACAAGGUCGAAUCGCUGGGAUCGUCAGUGUUCGCGCGCCUGAAGAGCUUCAAGCAGACAACCGCGCUGCGCAAGAUUCUGCUCAUGGUCCUCUCUCGCCAACUCACCGACGUGGACCUUCCCGAGACGUAUGAGGCGUUCCAGCAGAUGGACACGAACGGGGACGGAAAGCUGAGCCACUCCGAGAUUCGCGCCGCUCUGGGCUCCAGGAUGUCUGCCGAGGAGGUCGACCAGGCCAUUCAGGCGAUGGAUGUUGACGGCAGUGGGAACGUCGAGUACAGCGAGUUCUUGGCCGCGGCCUUCGACCGGAAGCUGCUGUUCCGCCAGGACUUGUGCUUGCAGGUCUUUCGCGCUCUUGACAAGGAGGGGGCAGGGGUGAUCUCCAUCGAGGGUCUGAUGCAGAUGAUGGACGGCGUGGUGGACUGCCCACACCGCGGCGCCGUGUGUGCGCGUCUGCAGACGGAGGCCAAGGAGCUGCUGGAGUGCUUCGACGCCGACGGCGAUGGCGUCCUCGACUUCGCCGAGUUCACGAACCUGCUCACCAGGAACAGCUUCUCCGGCGCCGCCUGCGCCGUGGACUUCGACGGCCUCGCCGACCUGGGCGGCGGCGCGGGCGAGAAUUCGAAGCGGGCCUCAAAGGCCUCGCGGGCCAGCAGCGCUGGCCCGGGCGACGAUGCCCCCGAGGCCGGGCGGGCCUCCAACGCCUCGCGGCCCUCGCGGGGCAGCAGCGCCGGCAAGGUCUCCGCCCACGCCGCCGACGACGGUCCAGCCGACUCGGCCAGCUGCCCCGGCGAGGCCCUGCACGAGGUCUCCGCCCCGCUGCGGGCGACGAGGUGGGUGAGGGCCCGUCUCAGCACGGGCUGGAUGAGCCUACGCCCCAGCACGAGCCAGGGCCCGGAUGAGGCCCUGGGAGCACGAGCGAGGCCAGAGAGGCCGUCGAGGGGCGCCCGCUCCGCCCGCCGCCCGUCCAGCACGGGGGAGGCGGGGCUCCUCUCGUGCAUCGCGGGCCUCUGCCCGCCCGAGCCGCGCCGGGGCCCCUCCUAGCGCAGCCGCGCCGUGCCACGGGCACAGAGGCGGCCGCGGGCCCCGGGCAGCGCGAGGAAGAAAACACGCCCCGCUCGCCGUCACUGGCACAGUC